UCUAAAAAUCAAAAGGGCCACUCACUUCUCUCACUCUCGGGCAUCAAGAAGCCCUUUUCUGAAGUUGCCCUCCAGUCGAAAGAAUCCCUAAAAUGGCCCUAUUUUCCUCUUCCACUCUCAAUCCUCGCAGUUGUAGAAAACACAUCUUCUUUGGAUUAUCAUCUGGUAUCAUAGUGAAGUUGAUCAGAUGGUUAUCUCAAUCCAACCUACCAUCCCAUUUUUUGAGGGAAAUGGAUAUGAUACUUGGAGCAUAAAGAUGAGGACUCUUUUUAUCUCCGAAGAUCUGUGGGAGCUUGUGGAUAAGGGUUAUGUAGAAGAGGAAAUUCCAAGAGAUGCUAUGAGAGAUGUACGAAAGAAUGAUGCCAAGGCAUUGUUUUUUAUUCAACAAACAAUCGCAGAGAGUAUUUUUCCUCAAAUUUCAAAGGCAACGAAGUCUAAGGAAGCAUGGGACACUUUGCAAACAAAAUAUCAAAGCACAAGCCUGGUUGCAGCUCAAGAUGGAGAUGGCAGCCAAACUGACAUCCCAGUCAUGGAUGACUCUGUGUAUGAGGCAGCAGCGAAGGGCAACAUUGAAGUUCUGAAGAAAAUUCCAGAGUCCGAAUUUCAUGCCCAAUUAAGCCCAAAGCAUAACACAAUACUCCAUAUUGCAAGUGAAUUCAGUAAAAUAGAGUGUGUGAAUUGGAUCCUUGAUUUGCGUUCAUCUUCAUCUCUACUGCAACGCCCUAAUUUGAAUGAGGACACUCCCCUUCACCUUGCAGCAAGGGAAGGGCAUUUGAAGGUCGUGGAAGCUCUUAUAAAUGCUGCAAGAGAACCUACCCUAGAUAUUGAAACUGGGCCUGGACCACAUAAGGUUAUGCUGAGGAUGGAAAAUAAGGGGAAAGACACAGCCUUGCAUGAGGCAGUGCGAUAUGGGAAUUAUGAGGUGGUGAAGUUAUUGAUUAAGGAGGACUCUGAUUUUACCUAUGGUGCUAAUGAUUCAGGUACCACUCCUCUUUACAUGGCUGCGGAGAGAGGACAUGCACACUUUGUGAAACUAAUCAUAGACACAAGUAAGGAAACUGGUACUUCACCCCCUUACGUUGGUUUCAUGGGUAGAACAGCCUUGCACGCAACUGUAAUAUGCAAUAUCUACGAAAUGACAAAGACAAUACUGGAAUGGAAGCCAGACCUCACCAAAGAAGUAGAUAAGAAUGGAUGGUCUCCACUUCACUGUGCUGCAGAGAGAGGUUGUGAUCUAGAAAUAGUGAAGCUAUUGCUAGAAAAAUCAGAAAAGAGUGUAGCCUACCUUAGGAGCAAAGAUGGGAAGAAGACUGCCCUUCAUAUUGCAUCUUUCCACCAUCAUACAGAAAUAGUAGGGGAGAUCCUAUCUCACUCUCCUGGUUGUCGGGAGCAGGUUGAUGACGAGGGCAAUAAUGUUUUUCACUUUGCUAUGAUGAAAGAGGGAGACGAUGAUUUUAAACCUAGUGAUUACUUUGACAAUUAUUGGUUAAGGUUGAGAGGACUUAUCAAUGAGAAAAAUGCUCAAGGAAACACACCCAUCCACCUGCUCUCUCUUAAUCAAAUUUUAGAUUUUUGGUUUGUAUUCACGCUCAAGGUGGAUAAGAAGGCGUACAACAAUGAAGACUUGACAGCUUAUGACAUAAUUUUGAGGGCCAAAGAGGACAUUUCCGGGAAAAAGGAUCAGAUUCAAGAGAUGUUCGAGUGGGUUAUGCUUGAAACCCAAUCUUCGGAAGCUAAGAAAAGGGAGAGAGAGAAAAAAAGCGGAAAGUACGAGGAUAACUCGUUGACAGCCUACGACAUAAUUUUGAGGCACGAGGAAAACGGUACAGGGGAAAGGGAUAUAUUUGACAAAUUAAUGGGCAACAUAAAAAGCAAGGAGGACAAUGAGAAACGCACCUCUGCAUUAUGAGAACAAGGCAAAAACCAUUUGAUAGUUUCUGCGCUUAUAACAACAGUAACUUAUGAUGCGGGUUUCACUUUGCCCGGUGGUUACGAUGGUGAUGAUGGCAAGGCAAUUUUAUCGAAGAAAGCAGCUUUCGGAGCAUUUGUUGUGACGGAUACCAUAGCCAUGAUCUUCUCACUAUGCGCUGUAUUUCUUCACUUUUUUAUGACCAUGCGUAAUGGGGAGGAGUUCCUUGCAAAGCACUUGGUUUGGGCCUUUAUUUUGACCGUGAUUGGCAUGGGAGCAAUGGCCAUCGCUUUCGCAACCGGCUUGUACGCUGUUUUACCACAUUCCUCUGCCCUUUCAUUCCUCACUUGCAUCCUCUGCUCUUGCCUUUUCCUUUGCUUUAUAUUGGAAUAUUUUCAAAAUUGGAGAGGUACGAUUCCAGGCAUGGUUAGAAGAAUCUCCUCAUGGCUCAUAAUGGUUAUUUUGUGUUUUCUGGAUCUCUUCGACUUCUGGGUCAUUUGGACAAUCAGAGAAUGGUGGUCUGGUCUAAAAGAAAAGAUAAUGCACAUGUGUAGAUGAGGGCUGUCGGAUCUUUGGAUGAGCUCUUUUCUGAGAGGGGAGAGAACCCGCUCUAGGCUUAUUCAUAUUGAAAAA